AUGUCUGAGGAGCAAAGAGGCGACGAAGAGGGAAUUACUUUGACGAUGGACGAAGACAUCGACUUGGAGGAGGCGGCCCCAAGGAUGAUUUCGGCGACAACCCAGGUGACGUCAGAGACCUUGGAUAACCCAAUUGCGCGUACCCUGGAACAAUUAUUGGGAUCGGAGUUAAAAUCCCAAAUCGAAAAGGCGGUAAAAAGGCAGGCGGCACUAAUUUUAGGCGAAAUUACUGAUACCCAGGCGGCGGGUACAGAGGGGGCGGAGGUAACCUUACGCAAUAGGAUAGCUGAGAUGGGCGCGUCGGCACAGCAAUCGCCGGCGACAGGCUCUGAUUGUUCUACAGUGCGGAGCUGGAAAAUUGGAGCCGAAAUUGUCGACUAUUUUGACCCAGAUGAUGCUGAUUGCAAUAUCGAGAGGUGGCUCGCAAAAAUUGACCAGCUGGGGCAAGUUCACGGGUGGUCAGAAUUGGAAAAGGCGGGCAUUAUGCAAUCACGAUUGAUGGGGGCGGCGAAAGCAUGGUUUAAUCAUUUAGGCGAAUACAAUUUGACUUGGGAUUCUUGGAAGGCGAGACUCCGAAUGGCGUUUCCUCGGCGACAGGACUUUGCCAUUACUCUCGAAGAAUUGGUACAGCGUCAAAAGUUACCAGGCGAGGUUAUGACGAAGUACUAUCACGAGAAGUUGGCGCUAUGUGACAGAGUCGGCAUUUCUGGCGAGAAUGCUGUCGCUGUGAUCAUAAGGGGGCUGCCAAAGGAACUUCGUGCAAAUGCAUACGCGACUAGAAGUACCACCCCAGAGGCGCUGUAUAACAACUUUCUUGUGGGACUGGAAUUUUAUGAAUAUCAUGGGGCGACGGCAAAGGCUGAAGUGCUGACGCGGCGUGAGUCAACCUCCUCCGGCCAGGCAAUGAAAAUCGGACCAACCAGUGGCAACAACAAAGGCGAAGUCCGCAUUAAUUCGCUGUUUUUCAACUGUCAGCGAUACGGUACCCACAAGAGUCGAGAGUGUCCUUACGAGAGGAGGGAGAGAUGUCGAAAAUGUGGGAGACCAGGACAUGAGGCGUCAACCUGUAACCCCCAAGUAGACUCCACGGCGGUGAAAGGCGCGAACCCACAGGUGAGAAUUUUACAAUUAGGGCUAGAGAACACUUAUAAAAAGAUGGGUACGGCAUACGGUGCGCAAAUUCGUGUUUAUAUUGACACCGGGAGUGAGCACAACAUUUUGGCGUGGUCUUGGGCGCAAGGGCGUAAUUUAAACAUAAAACCAGGCGAAUGGAUACUACAGGGGUUUGCAGGCGGGCAAGGUGUAGCGAUUGGCGAGGCGACAUUUGACAUUAAGGUUGAUGAGGUAACAUUGAGUAUCACGGCGUUGAUAACCAAGUGUGAUCUCGGGCGAAUCGAGCUCAUCUUGGGUCAACCAGCAAUUAGUACCUCCGGCGUAGCACUUGUAGUGAGAGGCGAUAAAGCAUGCGUUAUCAGGGACGAAGAUCUUUUCGAAGUUUUUAAGAACUUAACCUUGGAGACGGACCGACCAAGGCCACGAAUCCUCGUGAAGGAGGAUACAGUUAUCCCGGCGGGGUUGUCACUCCAAAUGGGCGUUACAAUAACUGAUUGUGAAAUAGGCGAAAUAGUUUCAAUGGCUCCUGUGACGUUUCAAAGCAAGGACGACAUGGUGGCGAUACCCGGUGGCGUGUUAAAAUGCCGAGACGACAACAAAAUCCUCAUCACAAAUCUUGCACCCAGAACACUGGUUUGGAAGGCUGGACGAUUAGUGACAAAGGCGGAGAGGUGCAAAGAAAGAGUUCCGGUGACAAAAGUCAUGAACAUUCAGCAGGUGAGCGCAUGUUUUGACUUAUCUAGUGUCACUGUAGGCGAAAUAGGUGAUUAUUAUAAACAACAGCUAUUUGACUUAUUGCGUUCUAUGUCGUGUUGUUUUUCGGCGAAUAAUGAGGAUCUAGGUUUAACUCAGUUAGGGUCCAUGUCGAUAAAUCUAACAACAGACAUUCCUGUGUAUUAUCGUCCAUACAGAUUGUCACAUUCAGAACGAGCAGUGGUUCGACAAAAGGUGCAGAGUCUGCUUGACGGCGAUGUCAUCAGAGAAUCUAAUUCAAACUAUGCGAGUCCUAUUUUGUUGGUCCCUAAGAAAACAGGCGAAAUGCGUCUCUGUGUUGAUUAUAGGGCACUAAAUGCAAUUACGGUGAAAGAUAGGUACCCUUUGCCACUGAUUGCGGAUCAGUUGGAUCGGUUGUCGGGAAACCGAUACUUUACAUCCUUGGACUUGGCGCAAGGAUAUCAUCAGGUACCAAUGCAUUCUGAUUCAAUUCACAAAACAGCUUUUGUAACACCUGAUGGACAUUAUGAAUACUUGCGAGUUCCAUUCGGGUUGGCAAAUUCUCCGGCGGUAUUUCAGAGAAUUAUCAACCAAAUGUUGGGCAACAUGCGACACGAUCAGGUCUUGGCUUACAUGGAUGAUCUUCUGAUACCUUCAGUAGAUGUAGCGACGGGGUUAGAGCUACUUCGAAAGGUGUUGGAACUAAUUAGAGAUGCAGGCGUGAAAUUGAAAGUGGCGAAAUGCAGUUUCCUUCAAGAGAAGAUCGAUUAUUUAGGCCAUGAGAUCAGCGUUGAAGGCAUACGACCUGGUCAACGCAAAGUGGAUGCAGUUCUAAAGUUCCCAGAACCCUCAGACGUACAUAGUGUUAGACAGUUUAUGGGUUUAGCUAGUUACUUCAGAAAAUUCAUUCGGAAUUUUGCCCUGUUGGCGAAACCUUUGACAAAUCUCACGAAAAAGGACGUGGAGUGGCGAUGGGGAGAAGAGCAGCAGGACGCUUUCCAGAGACUUCGUCACUUGUUGUCUGAGAGACCGGUUUUGGCAGCUUACAACAGCAGUUUUUCGACAGAGUUGCAUACAGAUGCAAGCAAAAUUGGCGUGGGAGGAAUUCUGCUACAGAGACAAUCAGAUGGUGAGCUAAAGCCAGUUUUCUACUUCAGUAGAACUACCACACCUCAGGAACAGGUAUAUCAUAGCUAUGAGUUAGAAACCUUGGCGGUGGUAGAGUCAAUUAAACGUUUUCGGGUGUAUUUGCUGGGUGUACAAUUUAAAGUUGUAACUGAUUGUUCAGCGGUAAGAGCAACUUUCUUAAAGAAAGACUUGGUCCCUCGAAUAGCUCGGUGGUGGCUAGCAAUCCAAGAGUAUGGCAUGACAGUAGAAUAUAGGCCGGGCGUACGGAUGCAGCACGUUGAUGCUUUAAGUCGAAAUCCUGUUCAGAUUUCUAUCGUUCAUGCAGAUGAGGCGGAUUGGUUUCUUACAGUUCAAUUACAAGACCCCAAAGCCCAGGAGCUGGUCACUGUAUUGACAACCGGCGUAACACCGCGAGAUGUAAAGGCGGUGUACAAAGUGAAAAAUGGGCGUCUGUAUAGAAUAACACCAAACGGCGACAGACUUUAUGUUUUUAUGCUCACAAACACCACGAUGAAAUAGGACAUCCUG